GCGUCAAAUAAAAAAAGGUUAGGUGGACUUGCGUAAAAGUUAUAAAAUUUGGAGUUCAGUUUUUGAAGAUAUCAUACAAUAUAAAUGGUGAUUUAGUAGUAGAUGUUACAAUAUUUAGAGGAUGGCGUCAACGGGGAGUACACCAUUUCCUAAAUGGCAGCUGGCUAUCCUUCUUGGUGCCCCUUUGGCUAUCGGGUUAGGUUAUCUUUAUUUAAGAAACAGAUUUGAAGAUCCGGAAAAAAAGAAGGAGGCUGAACUCAAAGCGAAAACAACGAUUUCAUUAGAUAACGAAGAAAAUGCAAAAGCUCCUGAAAGUGCGAUCGACCGCGCUAUGAAGUUGAAGGGUGCCGGAAACCGUGCAUUUCAUGCAGGCGAAUAUGAUAAAGCGAUAUCUUUGUACAAUGAAGCGAUUGAAGCUUGUCCACCUGACCGACCCGUUGACUUGGCAACGUUCUAUCAAAAUCGUUCGGCCUGCUAUGAGAAAAGGGAAAUGUGGGAUCAAGUUAAAGAAGAUUGUACAUUUGCAUUGAAAUUGAAUGAAAAGUAUGUUAAAGCAUAUCUUCGCCGAUCCCGAGCUGCUGAAAAGAGUGGUGAUCUUGUCCUAGCUUUAGAAGAUGUCACUUCAGCUUGUAUUUUGGAACGAUUUCAAGUACAAAGUUCACUAGUAAAUGCUGAUCGUAUCCUGAAAGCACUGGGAAGGCAACAUGCACGAGAAGCAUUAGCCAAGCGAAACCCAGUUAUGCCUUCAAAACAUUUCAUUAAAACCUAUUUUUCAGCAUUUUCUGAAGACCCAAUCACCAAAAUUAGUCUUGAUGAUAAGGAGAGUGGUGGUUUCGCUAAAGCAAAACAUGCCCUUGAUGCUCAAGAUUAUGAGUCAGUAGUGAAUGCUUGCACUGAAGAAUUGGAUGCAGAUGGCAAAUAUAAAUAUGAAGCCUUACUCCUGCGUGCUACUUUCUACCUCCUUCUUGGUAGACAUGAAGAAGCUCAAGUUGAUUUGGGUAAAGUUAUUGAUAGUGAUGCCAACACGAAAGUCAAAGUGAAUGCUUUGAUCAAACGUGCUUCUCUUUAUACGCAACUGGAAAACACAGAGAAGUGUCUUGAAGAUUUUGCAAAUGCUGCUCAGUUGGAUUCUGGGAACUCUGACAUUUAUCAUCACCGUGGACAAGUAUAUCUCUUAUUAGAACGGAUGGAUGAAGCUACAUCGGAAUUUGCAAAGGCAGUAGAGCUGAACCCUGACUUUUCCAUUGCUUACAUUCAAAAGUGCUAUGCUGACUAUAGACAUGCUCAACUCCACAAAAAUAUUGGAGCCUUGAACCAAGUAAGGGCAGACUUUGAAAAGGCAUUGGAGAGAUUCCCAAGGUGUGCUGAAGCAUACAUUCUAUAUGCCCAAGUAUUGUCAGAUCAGCAAGAGUGGGGAAGGGCAGAUGCAUUAUUUGAUUCUGCCUUAGCAGUAGACCCAAACAAUGCAACCCUCUAUGUCCACAAAGGCCUUGUGCAAUUACAGAAGAGCACUGACUUUGAUAAGGCUGUCAAGUUAAUUAACAAAGCCAUAGAAAUGGAUGAUAAAUGUGAUUUUGCUUAUGAAACUCUUGGCACCAUUGAAGUUCAAAGAGGUAACUUACGGCGUUCACUGGAGCUUUUUGAAAAGGCCAUCGCAUUGGCCAAAACAGAAUUGGAAAUGACACAUUUAUUCAGUCUUAAGGAUGCAGCCGCUGCACAACUUAAGGUGUCAGAGCGUUGGGGAUUGGACUGGACUGUAAGCUAGGCUACCAUCUACAACUACACAACGAGAAUGUACUUCUAGUAAAUUUGUUGUGAAUGUCAGAGUAGGGUGGAAAAUAUUUAUUACAUUUGAUUUUAUUUUCCAUACUUUUGAUUGUUUGCUAAAUGUGUAUGAGUAUAUUAAAGUAACGUUUAAAAGCUCAAAUUGCAUUUGAUAAAGCCCAUCAAAUUAAUUGGUGCUUACUUCACUGUUAUUGUACAUAACUAUUUAUGUCUAUGAACCCUACUUUGGAUUUUCUAGCCUCGUUGUGAAAAUUACUAGUUUGUCGAUUGAUGCCGCCGUUAACUCGCCGCUUAUGUAACAAUUAUUGUGUAUCAUACUUAUGUAUAUCGUAUUUGUGUAUAUUAUGCAGUAAUAUCAUCACAUAUAUUUAUUUAUUAAUUAAU